AUCAUUCUCCCCUUCUGACCACUAUGUGCACGUUAGAAAAGUCAGGCAACAUCUUCUAUCUUACGCUUACCGGCGACGAUGAGCACCGAUUGAAUCCUACUCUCAUCGCCACCAUCCGUUCAUUUGUAGCCGAAGUUAAAUCCCAAGCCGUGAAGGGUUCCGUUCUGAUCACAAAAGCCCAAGGCAGAUUCUUCUCUAACGGCUUUGACCUAAAGUAUGCACAAGCCGCCGGUUCAGCGCAAGCUGCCAAAGAUCGGCUACACAACAUGGUGGCCUUGUUCAAGCCGCUGGUCGCCGAUUUCCUAUCACUCCCAAUUCCGACCAUCGCCGCCGUCACCGGCCACGCUGCGGCGGCGGGGAUGCUGCUAGCGAUAUGCCAUGAUUAUGUAACCAUGAGAUCGGAUAAAGGAGUGGUGUAUAUGAGCGAGUUGGAUAUAGGGAUGACUUUGCCAGACUAUUUUACGGCGAUGAUAAGGUCUAAGGUUGGAUCCGCAGCUGCUCGGCGGAAUUUGGUUUUGAAAGCAACGAAAAUGAAGGCGGAGGAGGCGGUGGCGGUGGGAAUUGUGGAUUCUGCGCAUCCUACGGCGGAGGAGGCGGUGGUUGCGGCCGUGAGACUGGCGGAGGAGCUGGGGAAGAAGCGUUGGAAUGGCAAGACGUAUGCAGAGCUGAGGAAAUCGUUGGUUCCGGAAGUGUGUGGAGUUUUAGGGUUGAAAUAUACUGCUGUCUUGCCUUCACGCUUGUGAGAAUCACUUUUUCAUUCAGAAAGUUGCUUUUUUUAAAUAAUAAUUGACCCUAUUUCAUAGGCUUUGAACAACAUUGUACCACCGUAUGCUGUCUAAAAAUUAAUUAUCGAUGUCAAACGCCUACUAAUUUUUAUUUCUAUAA